AUGAUCGCAAUCGAUCUCAAUUUCGCCGACAUACAAUGGCAAUACCACAUCCUGACGACAUUUUUCGUCGGGGUUAUACUCCCGCUCCUCUACUAUCUUUAUCAGCGGUAUUUCACCUCCACACCAAACAAGUACAAUAAGCUCGAGGCUGCGAUAAAAUUGGAUUACGCCAUUCCUGACGAGGCCAAGCCCCACUGGAAGGGCCGCAGACUCCAUCCUCCGCACGUUACUGUGAGAACUGCCGAAGAUCGGGCCAGUAUUCAGAGUUACUGUCCUGCAACAACCCAGUAUUUGGGAACUUUUGCAUGUACAACACGAGAACAGAUGGACUUGCAGAUAGAGAAGGCUGCCUUUGCACAGAAGAGCUGGAAAGAGUCGUCGUUUGCGGUCCGGAAACAGCUUUUGCGUACGCUAGCUCAGUUCAUAUUGGACAACCAACAAGACAUUGCGCGGGUCGCGUGCCGCGAUAGUGGCAAAACAAAGCUCGACGCAUCUAUGGGCGAGAUUAUGGUCACGCUUGAGAAAUUGAAUUGGACCAUUGCUCACGGAGAACGGGCAUUAAGACCCAGUACCCGAAGCGGACCAUCGUCGCUCUUAAUGGGCCUCAUGAAGAAUGCAGAGGUGCGGUAUGAGCCCUUGGGUGUAGUUUCGGCGAUCGUGUCGUGGAAUUACCCAUUGCAUAAUCUUCUAGGUCCCAUAAUUCUGGCCUUGUUCAGUGGUAAUGCCAUCGUAGUUAAAUGUUCCGAGCAGGUGGUGUGGUCCUCGGCUUGGUUCGUGGGAAUGGUUCAUGCUGCUCUCCGUAGACUAGAAAUAUGUGAGGACUUAGUCCAGUUGGUGUACUGUUUUCCAGAGGAUGCCGACUACUUCACUGCUCAUCCUGGCUUGCAACACAUCACAUUCAUUGGCUCGAAGCCAGUUGCACAUAAGGUUUUGCAGAGCGCCUCCAAGGAACUCACUCCGUGUGUUAUUGAGUUGGGUGGUAAAGAUUCCGUUAUCGUUAUGGACGAUGUAUCUGAUUUAAAGGCCUUGUCAUCCAUUCUUAUGAGAGGAACAUUUCAAAGUGCGGGCCAGAACUGUAUUGGUAUUGAGCGCGUGAUAUGCGUGGCCAAUGUCUAUGACUCCUUGGUUGAAAUCCUUAACGAACGAGUAGGCAAGCUCCGACUUGGUUCUGACAUCGAUCAACUGGACGAGAUCGACAUGGGCGCCAUGAUAUCAGAUAACCGUUUCGACGAGAUCGAGCGUUUGGUCCAGGAUGCAGUUGCCAAAGGUGCUCGUUUGUUGCAUGGCGGCAAGAGAUACCUGCACCCCAAUUACCCCCAGGGCCACUACUUCGAGCCCACAUUAUUAGUAGAUGUCAAUUCUACCAUGGAUAUUGCAAACCAAGAGGUGUUUGGUCCUGUGCUCACAGUGAUGAAAGCUGGCGACGUGGAUGAAGCGGUGAAGAUCUCCAACAGCUGCGAGUAUGGUCUCGGAAAUUCUGUCUUUGGAGCCAACUUCCAAAGAUGCAAUGACGUUGCAAACCAAUUGGAGAGCGGCAAUGUCGCCAUCAACGACUUUGCAACGUUUUACGUCUGCCAGCUUCCAUUUGGUGGAUGUAAGAAAUCCGGGUUCGGUAAGUUUGGAGGAGAAGAGGGGUUGACAGGGCUCUGCAACAGCAAGUCCGUCGUGAUGGACAAGCCACUUUUGCGUGCAUUUGGCGUCAAAACUGCCAUCCCACCACCCAUCGACUAUCCAAUUGCUGACGAUAAGAGGGCCUGGGGCUUUGUCAGCAGUCUCAACACAGCCAGUUACGACAAUCGGAUCUGGAAGGUGAUGAAGUCAUUUAAAAAAUUGGCCAAGGGCGGCGCCUAG